AACAAACAAAGCAGUGCCAAAUCUUGAAAGAAAUUGAAGAAGAAUCAAGAAUCAAGGUGCUAUGAACCAGGCAGUACAGAAAAACACUCUGUACGUAGGAGGAUUAGCAGAGGAGGUGAAUGAGGCAAUACUACAUGCUGCGUUCAUACCAUUUGGGGAUAUUAAGGAUGUGAAGACCCCAUUAGAUCAUGCGACUCAAAAGCAUCGAUCUUUUGGGUUUGUGACUUUCCUGGAAAGAGAAGAUGCUUCCGCCGCCAUGGAUAAUAUGGAUGGUGCUGAGCUUUAUGGACGUGUACUUACUGUUAAUUAUGCUCUUCCUGAGAAGAUUAAGGGUGGUGAACAGGGUUGGGCUGCUCAGCCAAUUUGGGCGGAUGCUGACACAUGGUUUGAGAGGCAACAGCAAGAAGAGGAACUGAAGCGCCUUCAAGAAGAGCAGAAGGCUGCAAUGCAGGUAGCGGAAGACUUGCACAGAAAAAAGAUGGCCGAGGAAAGAGAAGGUGAAAAGGAUGAAGACCCUAUGGCAAUGGCUGAAGCUGAGGUUUUGAAACAGAAUGCUACUUCCUAAUCAUUUUGGAUGGCCGAUGAGCUUGAGGUACUCGUCAUGCUUGUAUAGAUGAGCAAUUUAUUCCGUCCUUUUACUUGGCCCGUAUCUUAUGUUGUUAAAUGACAGUAACUGUUUUUACUCCACUAACUUCCAACUUCAUGUUCGAGUUGUCAGAUAACUAUUUUUACUCUUAUAUGGCUCAAGUUCACCUGUGUUUCAACCUACAUAAGGUUUAUAUA